UUGGGUGUAGAUUCGUUAAAAAAAAUCUACACUGUCAUCAAUUGAGUGACGUCACAGAAAUAAUAGCUAGUUUUCGUUGGCGCUGAUAACUGGAUGCUUUCCAUAUAAUAUGUAUGAAAGAGGCAAAGCAAAUUUGCGGUACCAAUGCCUUCUGACGCUUUCUGUUACGGUGAUUUUCUACGUCAUGCCACUGAAGGGAGACAUGUGUGCAUCAAUGGUCUCUGUUAUCAAUGGCGAAGAAGACUCGACUCUACAAGAAAGGGCAUUCGAGAACUUCAAAUCGACAUGCCGGAAGUUACGGUCAGGAUCUGCCCCCGAUAAAACGGCAACGUGCUCUGGUCCCCUCACGCCAUCAAGCGGACAGUCUAAGGAGCGAUAUCCUACAGCCGGGUUCUUCGAUCAUCCCUUAGAGCGACUUGAGUUCAGUGUCCAGUCUACAGGAAAUGUAAUUCUGGACUUAAAAUGUAGCGACGGCAAUUUUGUUGCCAUAGAAUUGGGCACCACAUCUACAAUUUACAACCGCACCCUUAAGAAGUUAGCUGGCAUCCAUACGAUCGAUAUAGGGACUUCAUCUCAUUUUUGGGUGACGUACACCAACAAUAUUAUGAAGGUAGGGAGGGAUGGAGAAGCGGCAUCGUUUAUGGAAGCUGAUAUCCCAAAUAUGGAAAUCAAUUACAUAUCAUUUGACCCUUAUGGCACGUCUGCUCAGUGGCAAAUCUACAACCUAUGUGUUGAGGCCUACUAAUGACCAAAGGACUUGGUGACACAUUGGUGCAAUUUUACAGCCCGCUUUCAGUACAAAAAUAGAGCAUUACGAUUUCGAUUCAUGCUGUUUUAGCUGUUCUCUGUAAUGUUGCAAAGGUAUUAUAGUGGUCGUAAUAUUUUGUGAAGUAAAAAAUAUGUCAUUUAUAGCUAGUUUAGUUCAAUUCAAGCAUGGUUUUCUUUUGUGUUACAGCAUUACAAAGUUUAAAGAUUGUAGUGAGCAUUAUUCAAUAGCGAGAGAUAUAAUAAUACAUUGUGGGAUUAGCCCACAAUGUGUUUUUUUCUAUAAGGGAAUGAAUAGUUUUUGAAAGGGGUAUCAUAAGACAACACCUGGGGAAAUGUCGCUCUAAACAUGAUUGUGCUCGGACUGGCCAGGCAAAUUUGUUUGUCUUGUAGGAUCUUAUCAAGCUUAAAAAUUUCCUUGACUUCAGGGUAGUUUCUUUUAACAUUUGGGGUUAAUAUUUGCCGUUGAAACACAAGUAUUUACCGUGCAAAAUUGUAUUGUUUCUGUUCAAUGGCCUAUAUAAUACAAGGUAUAAAAACCGUGUAUUAUAUAGGUAUCUGAAUUACAAAUACCUUGUUAAUGUGAAUUCUGUGGGUCUGCACCUUCAACUCGUUUUCUUUGCAUAAUAUUUUGUGCGCCUAUUGUGUAUUAAGAUAUGGUGUAGCCCUUUAUGGUUUUAGCGAUGUUUCAGUUUUGCAUUUUCUUUAAUAAUAAUAACAAUAAUAAUACAAAUAAUGAAAUUUAUACCGCGCAUUUUCCAUACUAAAAAUGAUCAAAAGUGCUUUACAAUUAGAUAAUGAUUACGAACUAAAACAUUGACAUAGUAAACAACCCAAUAAUACUAAGUUGAAGCAUAGAUUAAACAUUAUUCUUUAAUGUUUUAAAGACAAUGGACACUAUUGGUAAAUGUCGAAGACCAGUCUCCUCACUUGG